AGGGCAAAACAUUUUCAGUUCUAUUUGGUUUCAAAGCUGCGUUUUCUCCGUAUUACACAAAUUGAAAAGAGAGCUUUGACGCCGACGCAACAAUGGCGGACGAUGAUUAUGAUAUGGACGGAGGAUACGUGGACGAGCCAAUGGAUCCUGAACCUGAUGAAGGAGCAGAGAUUGAAGAAGAUAAUGGCAACAAUGAGGACGUACCAGAUCCCCUGAUGGGUGAAGGUGAGGAAAAACCAGAGCAGCAAGAGCCUGUGGAACGACCUCGUAAGACAUCAAAGUUUAUGACAAAAUAUGAACGUGCAAGAAUCCUGGGCACUCGUGCACUCCAGAUCAGCAUGAAUGCACCUGUGAUGGUUGAGUUGGAAGGAGAAACUGACCCACUUGAGAUUGCAAUGAAAGAGCUCCGAGAGAGGAAGAUACCAUUCACAAUUCGCCGUUACUUGCCUGAUGGAAGUUAUGAAGAUUGGGGAGUCGAUGAACUGAUUGUUGAGGAUUCAUGGAAGAGACAAGUCGGAGGAACUUGACAGCUGAAGUGCCUCUUUGCUUGUUGCUGCAGACUUGUUAGGAAUGUUAUCUGUCGUUUCUGGUUGUCGUACUCUGCUGAAUUGUUUCUGACUUAAUAUUACCAAUGCUAUGAAUAUAUUUUGGAAAACUCAAGUGAUUAGUCGUAUGGGCUAUUUCUUUUAGUACAAGUUCUAAUGUGUAAUGUAUUUGUCGUGAAUGUCAACCUCUUGAUGAAGCUAGGGCUCUGAACUUGGCACGCGUUGCAAACGCAACGGAGAUAAGUGCCAGUUGGGUCCUGAGACUCCAGAAGUUUGUUAAA